AAUAUAACAUGACUUAAAUGGAGCUAAGGUCUCCAGUAGAAGAUGAAUAGGAGCUGAAAAUGGAGAGCUUAUGCAAUUCCACGCGAUUGUUGAUUUCGAUUCUUCUGCUUCUCCUCUGCAAUGCGGUGCCAUCACGUGCUUCCGAUUCUUCUUCCACAACAAUGCAUACCAACAAUUGGGCUAUUCUUGUCUGCACAUCCCGCUUCUGGUUUAAUUAUCGACAUAUGGCCAAUACUUUAUCUUUGUACAGAACCGUUAAACGAUUGGGAAUACCUGAUGAGAGGAUAAUUCUUAUGUUGGCUGAUGAUAUGGCUUGCAAUGCUCGGAACAAGUAUCCUGCGCAGGUGUUCAACAAUGAAAACCACCGGCUUAACUUGUAUGGGGACAAUGUUGAGGUAGACUACCGAGGUUAUGAAGUGACUGUUGAGAACUUCUUGCGAGUCUUAACUGGCCGUCAUGAAACAGCUGUGCCAAGGUCAAAGCGACUUCUGAGUGAUGAAGGUAGUCACAUACUUCUAUACAUGACUGGUCAUGGGGGAGACGAGUUUCUGAAAUUUCAGGACUCAGAGGAGCUUCAGAGCCAUGAUUUGGCUGAUGCAGUGAAACAAAUGAAGGAAAAACGCAGAUUUAAGGAGCUGCUGAUAAUGGUAGAUACUUGCCAAGCUGCCACCCUGUUUUCUCAGCUUCAAUCACCAGGUGUUUUGGCUAUUGGAAGUAGCAAAAAAGGAGAGAAUUCAUACUCGCAUCAUCUCGACUCUGAUGUUGGUGUAUCUGUUGUAGAUCGAUUCACAUUCUAUACUCUUGCUUUCUUUGAGAGGUUGAAUAUGUAUGAUAACGCUUCAUUGAGCAGUCUUUUCAAUUCUUAUAAUCCAAAUUUGUUGAUGUCAACUGCGUACUAUCGAACUGAUUUAUACCAACGGAAGUUGGACGAGGUACCAGUGACCAACUUCUUUGGUUCUGUCAUGGAAACUAUCCAUACUGAUUCACCUUAUCGAGCUUUCUCAGGCAUAUCCUCCAAAAGAUCUAAAAUUGAGAUGCCUUUGGAUCAAUCAGACAGGGACAACCGAAGAACACUACAAGGUUCAGAUGUUCCACAAGAAUUAGGUGACUCUAAAGUAAAUGCUGAACAAACUAGUUGUCCAUUUACACGCACUUGGAAUAUUGUUCUUGGCCGGAUGGAAAAGCUGAAGCAAUUAGAUAGUUUGGUGAACUAUGGUUUGAUAUUGAUGUUCCCAAUUGCGGCACUGUCUUCUUGGGUUUCACUCUGAAGGAAACUGCGUUUCAAGACGGAUGGUGGUUUGUGUGAAUCAGAGAAGCCACCAAUCACAAAGUUGCUAUCGCAAGUUUUUCAGCAGAUGACUUGAAGGAACUGAAACCCGGAGGGAACACUAGAUCUUGAGCAGUCAAGCUAACUAACAGGUUCCAGGCUUGACAUGAACAGAAGUCAGAAAGAUGUUCAGCUAUAGAGUUGGUAUACUAUUCUAACCAUCUUUUUGAGCAUAACAAUGAUGUUUUGUAAAAUUUGUCAUCUUAAACUAAAGAACAUCUUGGAAGCAUAGAGCUCCACAGACAUAGGUCAAGAGAAUUGAAUUUGAACAUUUUGUAAGCAGCUUUCUAAACUUUGAAAUUUAAUCUUUACUUGUCCUCUUGGUUUUUGUGAA